CAUAAAUUAUCUAUUAACUAUUAUCGGCAGCAGUGAAGUAGAGUGGAUAUGUCGACGGCCCCCGAAGAUCGUUUGCGCGAGAACCUCAACCGCUGUCUGUCGGACUCCCUGGUGAAGGGAUUCGGAGGCCUGGUGAUCGGAUCGGUGGUCACCCUGCUCUUCUUCCGGAGGCGCAUUUGGCCCGUCUGGCUGGGCACCGGAUUCGGCGUGGGCAUGGCCUACCGGGGCUGUGAGAAGGAGCUCAACGAGGUGACCUUUGACCCGCAGAAGUGAUGGCGAGCAAAGAAGUGGACAAUGGAUUUUACGAAUGCUCAAAUACGGUUUAAUCCCUUGCGUUUGUUUUGGAAUGUGGAACGAUUUGAGUAAAUGA